AUGAAAGCUAAGAUAAUAAUUGAAGGCGACGAACCGUCAGUAUAUCCCUUCCGUGACAUCAAUGAGGCCAACUUGGUGGCAGCAGUAUCACGAAAAUCACCACAAAUAUUUGGCUCUGGUGGAAUUACCGUCCUAGCAGUGGACUGUGGAAUGAAAAACAACCAAAUUCGGUGUAUGGUGGAACGAGGAGUGCGCGUAAAAGUGGUGCCAUGGGAUCAUCCAUUGAAAACGAAGCUUCGCAUGUUACUUGUAGUACGUGAGAAGGGCAAGGCAUUGGGAAGAGGCGGUGCGACAAGCUUUGCCGAGCGCGCUCUUCUGAAGCUUGAAGCUCCAUUUGAUGGGCUGUUCAUCUCGAAUGGUCCUGGAGAUCCAGAACGAUGCACCCUGUUGGUGAAUAGGCUGAGCGAAUUCCUCAAGAAAAAUACGAAACCCGUGUUUGGUAUUUGCCUUGGUCAUCAGCUGUUAGCACGUGCUAUCGGAGCUAAAACCUAUAAGCUCAAUGUCCAGUUCCAUCCGGAGCAUACCGGAGGUCCGGCUGAUUGUGAAUUUCUCUUCGACGUGUUUAUUGAAGCAAUCCAUUCGAUGAAAAAAGGAGAGGAUUGCUGUGUGGACGAGCGGCUGUCGGCAGCUAUCCGCUACGAUUCCAGCUACCAGAUAAAAAAGCAGCGAAAGGUUCUCGUGCUUGGCUCGGGAGGUCUAACAAUUGGACAAGCUGGGGAGUUCGAUUAUUCAGGAGCUCAAGUGUUGGGCACACCAAUCCAGACCAUUAUGAAUACCGAAGAUCGUGAACGGUUCAGCAAGGAAGUGACCAGCAUAGGUGAACAGGUUGCACCAAGUCAUGCCGCAACCUCUUUAGAUGGUGCCAUAAAAGCAGCCGAAAAGAUCGGCUACCCAGUGCUGGUGCGAGCCGCUUUCGCCUUGGGAGGUCUUGGUUCAGGAUUUGCGCAGAAUCGCGCAGAACUUGUCGCGAUUGCUCAACAAGCACUAGCUCAUUCAGAUCA